GACUCGAAAAGAAGAAGAAGCGACCGUUCGAGCUUUUUCUUAAUACUUCUAUGGUUUAAGCUAGGUUAGCUACGUUUAUCUUCCUUCUUUCUGAUACUAUUGGUAAUAUUAUUGUGCCAUCAUUAAAUCUGGAGACAUGGACACAGCACUGAUUAAGCUGAGGCUGUUUGUUCAUCAGCGGCUGUACAGAGCCGCGGAGGAUAUCCUCGGAGAAGUGGAGAAAACCAUAAAGUUAGCUUUGUUAGCGGACGGUGGUGCCGACCUGUGUGAAGAGGAGGCUGGAAGUCCCCCACCACCGCUGGAUCUGCGGAAGAAACCAGCUAAAGAGCGUUCACUGACCAGCAGCACAGUGGAAAGUGAAGAAGACGAGUGUGAUGCCUCACUGCUGCAGGAGAACCCAGGACCCUCAACACCAGAAGAGUCACAUUUUAAUGCUGCGAUCCCAGGACCCUCUCAAACAAGUGCAGAUCUGGACAAUAAUGACUGGAACUACUGCUCGGUUCAGUCAGACUUUGAGCUGCCAGAGAUAAAAGAAGAGCAGGAGGAACUUUGGGAUGACGGUCAAACACAGGAGAAUUAUUUCCCUUCUUCUGUAAUUGUGAAAAGUGAGCAAGAUCUGCAAGAGGGAGAAAUAUCAUAUGAACUGGAGCCGGUUUCUUCAGACUGCUCGGCAGCUGAGAGUGAGAACAGUGACAGGGAUGAGGAGUCAGUGAACAACAAAGGAGAACAGACCAACACAAAUAAAAGCAAAGGACAAAGUGAAAUCCCUAGUGAGAAGAACAAAGCUAAAAGUGAAAAGGGUCGCAGCUUUUGUCAUUUUUGUGGCAAGGGAUUCCAGUACAUUGGCUCUUUGAUGAAGCACAUAAAAACACAUGAGAACAAUUUUGACUGCACUGCUUGUGGGAUGACAUUGCAGUCUACACAGGACCUGAUCAUUCAUGUAAAAGAUUGUCACAACGAAACAUGUUUUGUGAGGUUUGUGGCAAGAUUUUUGCCAAUAUGCGUUGUCUCCGGCUGCAUGAAAGAAUACACGGAAGCAUAAGCAUAAAAGAGUAUGUCUGUCAAGAAUGUGGCAAGACUUUUUAUCGAAGAGAGCAUCUGAUUGUGCAUGUGAGGACCCAUUCUGGGGAGAAACCCUAUCACUGUGAUGUUUGUGGAAAAGCAUUCAGUCAGAGCCAGAACCUUACAAUUCAUAAAAGAAGUCACUCAGGAGAAAAACCAUAUCAAUGUGGCCUGUGUGGCAAACUUUUUAAUACUAGCAGUCAUCUUAAAACACACAUGAGAUACCAUUCAGGAGAAAAACCUUAUGAAUGUGAUAUUUGUGGUAAACGUUUUGGCCAAAGCGGACAGAUGACCAGACAUAGAAC